AGUAUUUCAGAAGCUCACUGCUUCGCUGAUUUUGAGGUAAUGUGUGUGUGUGAGAGAGAGAGAGAGAGAGAGAGAAGUCGUACUGCACAAGUUUCACACAUUUGCCAUUUUUUACUGCAUUUGGGUCUCUUCUCUUCAACAUCAUCUCUGUGAAGUUUCCAUAGCACACAGAGAAACCCAGCAGGUGUUUUGAGAUAAUGCUGAGGAAGAGGAGCAGGUCACUCCAGAAGGAUCAACACAACAUGGGUCACCUGACAAUCCCUGAUGCUAAUUCAGAAAACUAUUCUCAGUCUCAUGCUUUGGGGCACAACAUCAAAAGCCACUCAAUCUUCAAUGUCCCUUGUCUCUUUGUGGGUCUGGAUCCUAAAGGCUUGUUGGAUUCUGAUUCAGUUAGGAGCCCCACUUCUCCACUAGAUGCUAGAGUUCUUUCAAAUCUAGGCAACCCUGUUAGGAACCCAAGAUCAUCAUCUCAUGAGAGGCACCAAAGGAGCUGGGAUUGUUGCAAAGUAGGUCUAAGCAUUAUAGAAUCUUUGGAAGACUGUUCUAAGUUCUCUGGAAAAAUUCUCAGGUCACCAAAGAGCAAGAAAAUUAGUCUCAGUCCCCAAAUGAUGAUCAAAACCCCAAAUUGUCCAACCUGUAUGGAUUCUUUUGAGUCAUCUAAGUCUUUACCCAAGGAUUUUUGUAAGGUUCCUUAUACCCAAAAUGGAUCUGUUAUCCACAAGGGUGAAUCCACUGUUCUUUUUGAGAUUGGAGAAACUGGCCUAGAGCAUCACCUAUUUGGGAAAACCCGGUCCUGUUCAUUGGACUCCUGCAGUCCAUUGAAAACCCUCUCUGGUUUAACUACUUCCAACACUGAUUCAGACACUGAUAAUUAUUUUGCUUUGAAAGAUAUGACCAUCCAAUUGAGCUCUCCUCCUCAUUUUAUUGGAGGAAGCCAGAACUCAAAUACCUUUCCACCAACAAAGUUGGAUUCAAACACUGUUUCCAUAUGCUCUUCUAAUGAAGUCAUUAAGUCUCUAUCAGCCACUGAGAUUGAACUCUCUGAGGACUACACAUGUGUGAUUUCCCAUGGCCCCAAUCCCAAAACAACACAUAUUUUUGGUGAUUGCAUCUUGGAGACUCAUUCUGAUGUAUUUAAAAACCAUGUUAAGAAUGAAGAGAAAGAGAAGGGAGUGGUGACCCUGGUGGGUAACAGGUUACAGACUCCAAACCAAUAUCCCUCAAGUGACUUCUUGAGUUUCUGCCACCAUUGCUGCAAGAAACUGGAAGAGGGGAAAGAUAUUUAUAUUUAUGGAGGUGAAAAAGCAUUUUGCAGUUUAACUUGCCGUGCAAUGGAGAUAAUGAUUGAUGAGGAACUAGAGGAAUCCAACCCUCCUUCAGAAAACUCUCCAAAGCCAAAAAUUGGUGAGCAACUUUUUGAAACAGGCAUCAUCACAGCUACAUAAAAGCUUAUCCACCAUAGGCACUGAGGCCCAUCAGAAGGGUAUAUGCGCUUGAUCAUCUGUUCACAAUGAGCUGUUUCAUGUGCAUCUGUUAGCAGCCAUGGAUGAUCGUUUUGUACAUCAUUGCGUUUGCCUGGAAUUGGUGUUUCAGCUUUCAUUGUCUUUGGUGGAUUGUAGCUCUCAUUAAAGCUAGUUUUGAUUUCUACAUAAAUAGAGAUAUAUGUUAUCAAACUAUUGAUAGCCUGCAGAUAUUGAAGGGUUGAAGCCUAUUUUUCUGGCUUCCCCUUUUGAAUUUUUGUUGCAUUAUCUCUAUAUUAUGUCAAUGUAUACAACCCAAACAAAGUUUUUGACUUCAAAGAUAUAUUACUGUCCUAGUUUAUACAACC